AUGGAGUGCAAGCCAGUGAAAGGCAAUGGAAGGCAGUGCAAGACAGUGGGAGGCAGAAACAACAACACCUUCGCGUACCUGGAAGACAACAGUUCAGUGGACUACCCAGUGGGGCGUCACGAGUGGAGGUUCUCACACGGGUUCUGCAGGGAGGGUCAACACGUGGUGCACAGCCUCACCCUCACCCAGUGUAUCACCAACAAGCAGUUCACCUGUGAUGAUGGCACCUGCAUCCCUAUCAACCAGGUGUGUGACCGACGUACGCAGUGUCGCGAUAAGUCGGACGAGACGGAGUGUUCCCCGGUACAACUACCUCGGGGUUAUCAGACAACCUUACCACCUCCCAGCCUCCGCCAAGACCACCCUCUACCUGUCUACCUUAACAUCACCCUCUCGUCCUUCUCCAGCAUCAGCGCCAUCAAUAACAGGUUCACGGUGCAGCUGAUGGUCAGGAUGAUCUGGUUCGACCAGCGAGUCAGGUUCAUCCAUCUGCGUCGGGAUCGUCAGCUCAAUAUUAUCCUCCCUAGUGAGGCGGAGACGAUGUGGGUUCCAGUGGUGGACUUCCUGAACGCUGACAGCAACCAACACACACUAGUUGACGACGACUGUAAGGUAACAGUGGAACGCCAUGGUCAACCUAAUGAAGACGACAUUGAGAAGUCUAGGGAAGCUCGGGUGUACGAGGGUAGGGACAACUACAUCCGCAUGUCACGCAAGUACACCGUUGUCUUCAAGUGUUUGUUCAACUUCCUCUACUACCCGUUCAACACUGAUUACUGCACCAUGGUGUUCAGAAUGAACAGGAACACCCAGAAAUACGUCAUCUUGCAGAAGUAUGGACCAGGCAUCCGUUACCAGGGUAAGGACAAGCUGGCGGAAUACCACAUCAGUGGCAUCAAGAUGAGUCGUGUAGUGACGGCUGAGCCCUACAGCAGCCUCCAGGCACUGGUCGAGAUGAAACGACGCUAUGCUACUCAGGUGGUGACCAUCUUCAUCCCAACAACACUUAUCAACGUCAUCUCCUUCAGCACCUUCCUCUUCAAGUGGUUCGACUUCCAGAACCGUAUCAUGGUGUCGCUGACGGCGCUGCUGGUGCUCUCCACCAUCUUCUCCCAGAUCUCCGACAACCUCCCCAAGACCUCCUACUUUAAGAUGAUAGACGUAUGGUUCUUCAGUUCCAUUGUCUUCGCCUUCCUGACCAUCCUCGUGCACACUCUGGUGGAGUGCAACCAUCACUACGGCUCACCAAAGGUGUCUCCCUCACCCACCACUAUCCUUGAAAUGGUCCACCUCAAUGAAGCGGAGGGCUCUCAGAAGACUGUCACUAACGUUAACGAAAGGCACCCACACUCUCGACCGAUCCUCAUCAACAAGAUUGGCUACAGGAUAAUCAUUACUAUGUAUGCUAUUUUCUUUGUCGUUUUCUGGAGCGCUGUUUUAUUCCAGAAAACUUCAGACGAUGCCAAGGAAUUCGCAGUCAACAAAACAGAGACUGUUGAGUAUCCAGUGUUGGUAAACACUCUCAGUGAGAAUCUUCUCUUAUAAAGUUGUAACUCAACGCAACAACCAUAAAAUAAUGGUAAUUCUAUCUCAUACUCCCAUGUCCACUUGGCUGGUUGGUUGGUUGAUGGGGUUUACAGCCUGUUGACUACACUAGGGUCAUUAAGACUGCACAUAACCUAAAGUAAACUGUCAGCGUUUAUGCGAUGAGAGGAAUAAACCUCUGUUUGUAUACUAUGUAUCCAGUGCACUUGCACAUCGCCCCUCCAAGAACUCUUCCCUGGGAUACAAUGUUUUACAAACCCAGGGUUUAUAAUAUUUCUUUAAGGAAUAAACUGUGACAUUAUAGAUGCUCUCAUCAACAUCACAAAACAAACUUUUCAAAGAUGACUGAUGAUAGAGUUGUCGUCCAGGUGAAGACACAGCUCUCGGCCCCCUCACUGACGUUUUCCAACACUUGUUCAUCUCACCACUGUAAGUGAUCCUGCGGCCACCCUCCCCACUGGUGUUACUUUCCUCCAUUGCUAAAGUAGCCUUCAACAAGUCUACGAUUAUUUACAAUAUGGUUAGGUCUCGUAAGGUUUGUCAGGAAAAAGGACAAGUGUUUCCUGGCGCGGGUCUUAGUCAUAUGAUGACCACCAGUUGGAACAUUGGUCAUCUGACCGAGGUCUUCCGCUGGCUUACCCCUCCACCCCUUUAAAAAUUAGGGUUAUAUGGUGUCAGGAGUAAGUGGAUGUAGGGUAAACAGUGCCAGAAAUCACUAACACAUAUUUACUAGCGUGCUUCAUGCGUGUAUAUUCAAAUGAACAACCACGGUGGGAGUAGAAUGAUAGCUCUAGGCCUUUCGUGUUGCACUUUUUCAAGAGUUUGCAAUGUUGACGAGGGAAUAGAAUUCCCUUUUUAACAUUGCAAGCUUUUGAAAAAGUGUUGGCUGCAACACGAAAGGCCUAGAGCUAUCACUGAAAUCUUCCCGUGAUUGUUUUCCAUCUUGUAUCACUUUUUCCAGAUUGUUCAAUAAUGCAUAUCCAUAUAUUUUGUCAAUUUUGACUCAGGAAAUUGUUAUAAUACGAUUGCAAACAAACUAGUGAAU